AUCUUUUACUCGCGUGACUUUGAAAUUUGACGAAGGUAAAGUGAAAGUGUGAAACUGAAUCAUCGUCACUCUCAUUCUUCAUUCUUCACCUCUUCAGUUUCACUGUUUUGGUUUUGUCGUAGAAAAAUUACAGAGCAGAAAAUGGAUUUCCGGAGUUUUGUUUCCCUUGCCAUCUUCUUGUCCGCUCUGCUGCUCUCUUCCUCUCCUCAGGUUUUAGCAGAAGAUGUAUCAUCAAUGGUCGAGGCAUCGCUUAAAGUAUCGACUCCGUUUUCCACUGAACUGGAUACUCUCCAGAAGCAGAUCAAUUAUACGUUUAGGAGUGUUGGAUUGUUGCGACGCCCAAUGACACAUGCCUCCUUUUCGGAGGAGAACAACAAGGCAUUGAGCAUAUUGGGUGCAAGCAUAAUUGAGACCUCCGUCUCGCUUCAAUCACUAAUCAAAGAUGUGGAUAUUUCAGCAAAGGACUUGAACGUAAAGAUUGCCGAUGUAUCUAAAGUGGAGAGUUCCUGUAAUUCAGACGGAACCCGUCUGGGGCUGCAAAAGAUAGUGAGGGUCUCACAUAAGACAAAUGUCACGUCUCCAGCUGUGGUUUGUGGUGCAUUCCGUGCAAUUUUCGGGGCAAUUGCGAUUGAUGCUGUGAGUUCUGAUGAGGCUGGGCGGAUCUACGGGAAAGUUCAUAGUGGCAUCGGGAGAGCUGCGACUAUGUAGGUAAAGAUUGUGAAUAUUGUAUAUGUUAUUAGUAUGCUUGGAACUUGGUUGACAUUUGUUGCAUGUAUGUAUAUUUGCUUGCUAAAGUUGGGCUGGGAAUUUAUGGUUUUUGAGUUUGAUCUUAAGGACGGUACUAUCUGUAAGUUGUGCUGUGUUUACCGCUGGAAUGAUAUUUGAAUUUGUAGUUCAUUAAUUUGGUGUGAGCAUUUUUCAGUGA